CGCCUCCCUAACCGGGGCAAGACAAGCGAGGGGCAGGCAUGAGCGGGUUGGGGUGUCUCUUCCGCGUGCUGCGAGCCGCUCUCCCCGCUGGGGCCCGGCAGCUUCGCACCGGCCGCCCUCGGCCUGCCUUUGCCAAGGAGCUCUUCUUGGGGACGUUUCGAACGGAGGAGGUUUUUCCUUUUCCUGAAAUUAGCAACGAAGAAUUGGAAGAAAUUAACCAGUAUGUUGGACCAGUAGAAAAAUUCUUCAGUGAAGAAGUGGAUUCUAGGAAAAUUGACCAAGAUGCUAAAAUUCCCCAAGAGACUCUUAAUGGAUUGAAGAAGCUAGGGCUCUUUGGCAUGCAGAUUCCAGAGGAGUAUGGUGGUCUUGGUCUUUCAAAUACAAUGUAUGCACGCUUGGGAGAAAUCAUUUCUCAGGAUGGAGCUAUUGCAGUAACUUUGGCCGCUCACCAAGCUAUAGGGCUAAAGGGUAUCCUUAUAGCAGGCAAUGAGGAACAAAAGAAAAAGUAUUUACCUAAACUGGCUUCUGGGGAGCACAUUGCAGCAUUUUGCCUCACUGAAGCAGGAAGUGGAAGUGAUGCAGCAUCCAUCCAGACAAGAGCCACUUUGACUGAGGAUGGGAAAAGUUUCCUAUUGAAUGGUUCAAAGAUAUGGAUAUCAAACGGUGGUAUUGCAGAUAUCUUUACCGUGUUUGCUAGAACAAAUAUUGUGGACAAGGAUGGUGCAGUAAAAGACAAAAUUACUGCAUUCAUUGUAGAAAAAACUUUUGGUGGAAUCACUCAUGGAAAACCAGAAGAUAAACUGGGAAUUCGAGGAUCUAAUACUUCUGAAGUGCAUUUUGAAAAUACGAAAGUUCCUGUAGAGAAUGUUAUUGGCGAAGUUGGAGGUGGUUUUAAGGUUGCUAUGAAUAUCUUAAACAGUGGAAGAUUUAGCAUGGGCAGUGCAUCUGCUGGAAUGCUUAAGAAAUUGAUUGAAAUGACUGCAGAAUAUGCUUGUACAAGAAAACAGUUUAAUAAGAAGCUGAGCGAAUUUGGAUUAAUUCAGGAAAAAUUUGCUCUUAUGGCACGGACAGCAUAUGUAAUGGAGAGCAUGGCCUACCUCACUGCAGGAAUGAUGGACAGGCCAGGCCUCCCAGAUUGCUCAGUUGAAGCAGCCAUCGUUAAAGUGUUUAGUUCUGAGGGUGCAUGGGUCUGUGUAAGUGAAGCUCUACAGAUUCUUGGAGGCCUUGGCUACAUGAAAGACUUUCCAUAUGAACGCUAUCUCCGGGAUAGCAGGAUACUUUUGAUUUUUGAGGGAACAAAUGAAGUUCUGCGAAUGUUCAUUGCUUUGACGGGCUUGCAGCAUGCAGGCAAAAUCUUAACUGGAAAAAUCAAGGAAAUCAGGAAGGGGGGCCUAGGCGUGGCGUUUCAGUUGGUUGCAAACAGAAUCCGUGACGGCAUGAGCCAUACAGUAGAUUUAGGAUUAGUGGGAGACCAUGGUGUGAUUCAUCCCAGUCUAGAGGAAAGUGGCAAAAAACUUGAGCAAAAUGUGUAUUAUUUUGGAGUUACAGUAGAAGGCUUACUGAAACGGUUUGGCAAGACUAUAGUGGAUGAGCAGCUGGUUCUCAAAAAAGUGGCAGACAUUCUCAUUAAUCUGUAUGGAAUGACAGCAGUUCUUUCCCGAGCGAGCCGAUCCAUCAGUAUUGGUUUGCGCAAUCACGAUCAUGAGGUGUUACUUGCAGAUAUUUUCUGCACAGAAGCAUGUUUCCGGAAUAAUUAUACAAUGGCACAGUUAGAAAGAUAUGCUCCUGAAAACAUGGAUGAACAUAUUAAAAAAGUGGCAAAGCAGGUGCUGGAAAAACGGGCCUAUAUUUGUGCACAUCCACUUGACAGAACAUUCUGAAGGUUGUAAAUGGUGAUUAAACUGAACUCUUUAUACUAUUCAUACUGCAACACAUUCAUGGAGCAAGAUACCCAACCGGGCAAGUGAAUGUUCAAAGACUACAUCUAAAUGUUUUAAUUGUAAAGCAAAAUACAUGAUAGACAACUUGCUAAUCAAGUGUUUUCAUAAAUAGCAGUGCAAUUUGUGUAAAAUAAAAACUGCGUUCAAUCA